AUGUCUCGCGCCUGUCUCCUCUCCCUCGCCACAGCCCUCCUCAUCCAACUUCUCACCCUCGUCCCCGCCACGGAAGCACAGAGAAAGAAAAGCGGCGGCACCGACGUCGAAGAAGAAAACCUAGGCGGGCGCAUCGCUCCAUCCACCCGCCUCGUCCUCGCGUUGUUCUCCCUCUUUUUCGUCCUUCAAAUCCUCAGCCUCGUGCCCACUGUUGAAGCAGCAGGCAAGAAGGGGAAAGGUUCAGGCGGCGGCGCUGAGGAAGAGGCCGCUGCUGUGCGCAUAAGCGGGAGCGGAAUGGUGUUCAUGGUGAUGGUUGCCGCGGCGGCUGCUGCUGGGGCUGCCGUGUGGUAA